GUUGCUGUCCGGGAAGAUUUUACACACAGGAGCGUCGACGGAGAGCAAAGAAAGUCCUUUAUUUUAAGAACAUCUUCCACGUCAGUAUGCGAUUAAUUUAGCUUUGAAUGUAAGCGGAGCAUCGAGCAUCGGAUUUUGUAUUCAGAAACUCUGACAACACAGGCCGUCAACAUGAACUCCGUACAGUCGUCUGUGCGAUCCCUCAUGCUAAUGUUCGAUGGCAAAACCAAGGAAUUCAUCAAUGACAUUGAAAAUAUUGACAUGGUGUGGCUUAAGGAGAUCCAACAAGAAGCCAACCGGAUGUUUUCAAGAGAUUUUAAUGCUGAACCAGAAUUAAUGCCAAAAACACCAUCACAGAAGAAGAAUAGUCGCAGGAAGCGUGUAUCUUUGGGGCGUCAGGAAGAUAAUCCAACCAAGCGAAGGUUUUCAAAGGGGAAGCGCAGUAACCUUCGUCGCUCCUCUGUCAAAUCACUGAACUUCAUUACCGAAGAACAGGCCAUUCCUGAAGCCUCCACUUCAGAAACCACACAGCCUAAACGCACCACCCGCAAAAACAAGCAAGCACAGUCUGAGGUGGCAGAGGACGUGGGCCAGGUAUCUCCUGUCAGCUGUAAAACCGGGGAGACGGAGAACAAGAAGCCUGAGCUGGUAGAGGAUGUUGAGACAGGUGACAUUAACACGUCAUACGCUGAAGGAGCAGAGCAGGAAGACACAUGUAGCACUGUCCCGUCUCCUCCUAAAAUUCCCCUACCAGAGCUCGUUGUUGGAAUCUCCGUGACAGAUCGCCUCUCUGCUGAGCAAGCUAAAGUGCAGGAGCCUUCUCCUGGCCGAGGUGCUGCAAAGAUUGCAAUCGCUGGAGCGGCUCGAAGCUCGCGCCGGAGCUCUGUACGGUGCUCCCUAAAGCUACGUCACUCUCUGGCUGGUCUGCGACACAGUAUGACCCAGGAGUCUGUUCGCCGCGCCUCACGCCGUUCCAUGCUCAAGAAGGCGGCGGCUCACUUGGAGAACUCUACAUGCAGCAGCAACGUUGAUGAGGAAUCUAGCAUCGAGGAGGUGGACAGAGAGACGGCGACAGAAGCUUCAACAGCUGAUUCAGAGAAUAGUGAGGAAACAUCUGACUCUCCAGAGAUCCAGAUUGAACAGCGUGUGAAACCAUCUUUUGCACGCGUCACUCGAUCGGUGGCUGCAAACUCUCCCACACUGGCGCCUCCACCAUUGUAUACUGCUGAGCUGACAGUGAGCACUCCCACCAGGAAAGCGGAGAAGCAACUGCUUUCCAAGUCGGGUCGUAGGUCACGGCUGAGUACCAAACGCAAAGCACCAGAUACUGUAGAGGAAAGUCCCACAAAGAGGUUCUCUCCUCCCAAAAAGAGUCAAAGUGCAAUCAAACCCAACAUGAGGUCCUUCCUCCAAACUGUACACAAAAAUCAGAUGCUGAUGAUGACUCCCAAUUCCCUCGGACGGUCCAAUGUUAUCAAAUCCUUCAUCAAACACACCACUCCUAUGAAGACUGAUUUUAAGAUGAGUUUUGGUACAGUGACAAAGGAGCGUCACAAGCUUGAAGCGCUGAAGAAAAAACAGGAGCAAGAGGAGGAGAGAAUGAAGAAAAUGGAGGAGGAGAAGAAAAGGAAACAGGACGAACUUAAAAGGAAGAGGGAUGAGAGGCUAAGAAGAGUGUUUGAGGCCAAAGUAAAGGAGGAACUGAGGGAAGAAGAAAAGAAAAAGAAGAUUGAGCAGAAAAUGGCCAACAUUGAUGAGAAAAAUGACAAGCGCCACGCAGAGGAGAAGGCGAAGAAGAAGGUGGCCGUUAAACGUCAGGAGGAGGUGGAGCAGCAGAAGAAGAAGUUGGAAGAGGAGGCUAGAAAAAAGAAACUUCAGCAAGCAGAAGAAGAAAAGCGGCAGCAGGAGUUACUUGCCAAGAAGAAGGCAGAGGAGGAACAGCAAGCUCGUAAGCUGGCUGAAGCUCGCAGAGCAUUGGAGCUGAAGAGGGAGCAGGAGCGCGAGAGGGAGAGAGAGCUGGAGAGAGAGCGACAAGCUGCUGCUGAAAGGGAGCGGGUGGAAAAAGAAAAAGCUCUAGCUCUGCAUCGAGAACUGGAGAGAGCUGCAAGAGAGAAAGAGAGGAGAGAACUGGAGGAGAAGAGAAAGGCACUGGAGGAGAAGAGAAAACUGGAGGAGCAGCUGAGAAAAGCAGCUGAGGAGAAUGCUGCGAGAGAAGCUGCGAGGCAGAGAGAAGCUGCGAGGCAGAGAGAAGCUGCUGCCAAACAGGCUGCUGAGUCAAAGACUGCCAUGAAUGUCACUGUGGAUAUUGAGAGCUCUGUAAUGUCCACACCUGUAGGAAAGGGCUGUGGCCUGAAUGUGACGGUUGAUAUCGUGAAAUCACCACAGUCCUACGCCAUCACUCCAAAGGGGGGGAACAAACCUUUGAUCAUGUCAAAAAGUACAGAGGAUUACGGAAUGGAUCAAAACAGUGACGACUCUACUGAUGAUGAGUCUGCCCCGAGGAAACCUAUUCCAUCCUGGGCAGAAGGUCAAAACUUGCAGAAGACAAUAAUGAAGCAGUACUUCAACCCUCUGAAUUUGGACUCUUUCUUCGGCGCUAUUGAACCACCAAAACUGGAAAACAUCUUUUACAAGAGCAAGCCGCGGUAUUAUAAGCGCACCAGCUCUGCUGUGUGGCACUCUCCUCCAAUUGGAACCAAAUAAUGUCUGUACACUGAUACAGAUGACAUGGCUGUACAAAUUUGUAUGUUUAGUUUUUAAGUCUGUUUUAAAUAAAGCAACCACUUCCUUUUCUUAUGUUUUUUAUUCCAAUGUUAAAUCUGUCUUCUUUGGGUAUUUUAGGAAUGUUGUUACUAGAAUGUAAGAUGUUAUGGGUUUUACGUGAUACACAAGUGAAGAGAUCAAUGCUUCAUUCUUGUACUUGAAAAUGGGUAUGUGGGAUGUGAAGUCUAUCCUGUUUGAUAAGUCAACGUUUUAAUUUGUAUCAUGUAUGUACUGACUGUGUGUGAUAGAAUUCACAUGUUUGGGAUUUAUUCAAGUGCAUUAAAUGGUUGGAUCUGCCAAA